CGGUCACGUUCCUUGCGCUGACUCGCGACGCGUCUCGAAUUUCUGGCUCUUAGUCUAGUCUGCUUUGGUGGCGGGCUCGGUGAGCUGAGAUGCCUCGGUAUGUUUCCCGUUUCCCAUCGCUCACCCCGAACCCCACACCUUCAGGCCUGCUCGAAGCUGUACUGCGACGAGUCGUGCCAAGCUCCUUGCCCGAGACUCCGAGAGAUACCUAGGUAUUGACUAGUCUUUAUAUGUUAUUCUUCGUUCGCCCGUUACUUCGUGCGCGACAAUGCCUUCCUACACCUCCGUCCAGCUCGCCGAGCGGCCCUCGGAUCGCAUCAUCCCCGGCAAAACCUUCACAACGAAGCAGCAACCUGUUCCAGACCCAUCCAGCCUAAAACAUGGCCAAGUACUCCUCCAGACUCUGUACUUAUCCCUCGACCCAGCAAUGCGCGGCUGGCUGAAUCCCACCCGGUCCUAUGUUCCACCCGUACAAAUCGGCGAAGUGAUGCGCGGUUACGGCAUCGGCAUCGUCAAAGCAUCAAAGUCGCAAAGCUUUCCUGUGGGGUCGUACGCGAGUGGCAUGUGCGGAUGGUCCGAAUACGCAGUCCUCAACGACAAACAGCUUGAAUCUCUCCACCUACCACCGGGCGCCGUUCCCACUGACGUCCUCGGCGUACUAGGAAUGACGGGACUAACAGCGUACUUCGGCAUCCUUGAUGUCGGGCAGGUGAAGAAGGGAGAUUUUGUCGUGGUCUCGGGCGCUGCCGGCGCGACGGGUAGUGUAGUGGGGCAGAUUGCGAAGAUUAAGGGAGCGAAAGUCCUGGGACUAGCAGGUGGGGAUGAUAAGGUUCGGUGGUUGAAGCAGGAGUUGGGUUUUGAUGAGGCGUUGAAUUACAAGGACCCGGACUUCGCAAAGAAGUUCCGGGCGGCGACCAAGGGCUUGAUCGAUGUAUACUUUGAUAAUGUGGGAGGAGAAAUCCUAGACAUGGCACUCUCAAGAGCAAAGCCUCACGCCCGGUUCGUCAUGUGUGGCGCCAUUAGCGAAUAUAACAAGGGAAAACCGCAAGGUCCGAAGAACUACCUCAUGAUCAUCUCAAUGCGCAUCCGCAUGCAAGGCUUCAUCGUAAUGGACUACACCGCGCAGUACCCUGAGGCGAAGAAGCAGCUCGCACAGUGGCUGUCUGAAGGGAAGCUCAAGCGGAAAGAAACUAUAGUGAACGGCGGUCUAGCGAAGGCGGAACAGGCGCUUGUGGAUCUAUUCAACGGCGCUAAUACAGGGAAACUGCUCGUUGAAGUUGCGAAGCCGGAUGAAGUGAAGGCGAAGCUGUGAAACCUGCACUUCGGUGGGUGCUGUACGAUUAUGAAAGCGAAUAAUGACAAAUUCCGCGACCCUUGCUGCGUAUCCAGUCUAUCUCUCGUGCUGCUCAUGUGGUUCUGCUUGAAGGAUAAGUUAGACGCCCCGCACGCAAGCC